CCGAGCCGCUCACUUAAGCCCGGUCUAGGCACGCGAGAGGUUCGGAGAGGUUCGGAGACGGAGGCUCGCGGCGGCGGCAGAAGCAGGUGGCUGAAGACGCUCACGACGGACGACACGAUGGCGGCCAAGAAGCACGAGACGGAGGUGGAGGGCGGCGGCCGGUUCGACGCCGUGCUCGAGCACAUCCUCAUCCACUACCGCUGGGUGUUCGUGCUGCUGCUGCUGCCCCUGUCCCUCGUGUACGACGCGCUGCUGUACGUGCGGACCUGGGUCGUGUUCCAGCUGAGCUCGGCGCCCGGCAAGCACGCCCUCAAGGUGCAGCGCGUCGCCGACCAGGUGAAGCAAUGGAAGGCGGAGGGCGGCAGGGUGCCGAUGUGCACGGCCAGGCCGACCUGGCAGACCAUGUCGUUCCGUCACUCCAACUACAAGAAGACCUUCUUCACCGUCAACUUGAACCUGGUGGACAUCCUGGAGCUGAGCGCGGAGAAGCGCACGGUGCGCGUCGAGCCCCUGGUCACCAUGGGGCAGCUGACGGCCACCCUGGACCCGCUGGGCUGGACGCUGCCCUUCGUGCCCGAGCUGGACGACCUGACCGUUGGGGGACUGGUGAUGGGCACUGGCGUGGAGACCAGCUCCCACAAGUACGGCCUGUUCCAGCACAUCUGCGUCGCGUACGAGCUCGUCCUGGCGGACGGCAGCACCGUCCAGGUCACCAAGGAGAGCGAUCCCGAUCUCUUCUACGCCGUCCCCUGGUCCUACGGCACCCUGGGCCUCCUCACCGCCGUUGAAAUUCAAAUCGUCCCCGCGCUGAGGUUCGUCAAGCUCCAGUACGACCCCGUGCACUCCCUCGACGAGGCGGUCGCGGCCAUCAACCGGCUGCUGGCGCUGCAGGACAACAACGAGUUCGUGGAGGCGCUCAUGUUCUCCAAGGACGAGGGAGUCGUCAUGACGGGCAACAUGGUUUCGUGCGCCGACUGGGGAAAGCUGAAUGAAAUCGGGCGCUGCUACAAGCCGUGGUUCUUCGAGCACGUCCGCACCUUCCUCAAGACCGGCCCCGCCGUCGAGUACAUCCCCCUGCGCGACUAUCAGCACCGCCACUCUCGAUCCCUCUUCUGGGAAAUCAAGGAGAUCAUCCCGUUCGGCAACAACGUCCUCUUCCGCUACCUGUUCGGCUGGAUGACGCCCCCCAAGGUGUCGCUGCUCAAGCUGACGCAGACGCAGGCCGUCAAGAAGCUGUACGAGAACAACCACAUCAUCCAGGACAUGUUGGUGCCCAUCGAGACGCUCAAGGACGCCGUCCUCUUCUUCGAUAAGGAAGUCGAGGUGUACCCGCUGUGGCUGUGCCCCUUCCGCCUGCCGAGCGAGCCCGGCAUGCUGCAGGUGCCCAAGGACAGCAUGUACGUGGACAUCGGCGUGUACGGUGUCCCCGGCAAGCAGGGCUUCCAGCCCAAGGAGACGACGCGCCGCAUCGAGGCCUUCGUGGCCAAGGCCAAGGGCUUCCAAAUGCUGUACGCCGACACCUACACCACCAGGGAGGAGUUCCGGAAAAUGUUCAACCACUCGCUGUACGACAAGGUCCGAGCGCGCCUCAAGUGCGAGAAGGCCUUCCCCGAGGUGUACGACAAAGUGUGCCGCAAGGCGCGUGACUGAGCCCUGCCUGACAGAGAUUUGGCGUUUGUAAAUAGUAAUUCACAUUUUUUAUAAAAAAUAACAAUUAUUUUUUUCCGUU